CUUCACCCACAGUUCGCCAGUCACAGUACGAGUGAAGAUGUCGGAGCAGAUCGAACCGAUGAGUUUGCCUCCCGGCUGGGAUUGUAAAUACGAUGCCCGGACGGGCCGAUACUACUACGUUAAUUUGUUCACGAAGACGACAACAUGGGAAGAUCCGCGUGCCCGAAUUCGCCAACUCCAGACGGGAGCCCCACUGCACAUCUCGAACGAUAGCAUCUCGGUGCAGCCAGUGCAUGGUUCUCCCUAUCACGUGUACCCUUCAAGUAAUUCGUUCUACCCAGCUCAACAAGCUUUCCAGAAUCCUCCUUCGGGUGUUCCCAGUUUAACAGCUAGCCCCAAUUUAGCCACCAAAUUGCAGCAGCAGCAACAACAACAACAGCCAAUUGAAUUAUCGCCAAUGGUGCGAUCAAGUCCACACACGCCACGAAUGGGCCUCGGGCGCCACGCCAUGCAAGAAACCUCAUUUUCCAACAAUACCAGUGCCGCCGAUACCGAUGCCACCGUCGCCAAAAUUAACUCCAUGUUCCCGACCGUCCCAGAAACCCACAUCCGGAUGCUGUUGAAGAAAUAUUACAAUCGCGAAGCGGUCGUCAUAAGUGCCCUGCAGGUGGAGAAACACCCGCUGACCACUCCGGGUCCGUACUCGACGCCUCCGCUGCCCCAGCGUCACUUCCACAACACGGCCAUGGGGGUGGUUUCCGCCUUUCAGAUGACUCCGGUGCUGAGUGGCCGCAGUGAGGUUUCCACCUCGCGCACCGCCAGUCCGGUCCCGCGGCCGGCCAGUUGCGCCAGCGGAAGCUACUACGGCUACCAGCAUGGAUCGCCCCGCAGCAACGGAUUCGACAUCCGCUACAACUCACCGAAACCGCACUCAUCGCCCAAGAUGAGACUGAGAUACCUGAAAAGUUUCUUCCCGAAGGCCGACGAAGACCUGAUUCUGGACGUGCUGGCCAAUGCGGAUAACAACGUACAAACGGCUUCCCAACAGUUGAUCAAACUGGGCUACGAAAAGCGAGAGCAAUCAGCCAACCAGCGCGGCUCGUCCCGCAAGGGUUCCGAGAAGGAUGGCCAAUCGCAGUCGGCUGCGGAUGCCAAGCGGGCCGAGUCACAAACGCCUACUGCCAAACCAAAGUCUCACGACGAGAAGAAGAAAAUUAAAGCCCGUCUCCAAGCCAAAUACAAGGACAUCGCUGAACGAAUCAUAUUGAUGGCACUGGAAAGCGUCGACUACUCGGAAGAGCGUGCCAAACAAAUUCUGAACAUCGUUAUUCAGGAGGAUAAAGAAAAGAAAAAGAGUGUUAAAAUUGAUGCUCCCCACAAACCCGAAGAAGACAAAGAGAAUGCCCAAGCAGGUAGCUCCACACCAAGCCGCAACAACAGUACUUCGUCCAAUCACGUGCGGCCUCCGAAGAAAGGGGCGGCAACGACUCCUGACGAGCACCCGAAGAAGGCAUCGUCGGAGAUCCAAAGCGGCACCGAUCCGGAUCCGACGGCGGCCGACAACGAGAACGCAACUGACGCUUCCAUUGAAAUUACCACAUCCACCACCAACUCCACUGCAAUCAUUAACGAUUCACCACAAUCACCACUUUCACCGUCACAGCAACAGCAGCAGCAGAAAGAACACUGUGACAGCGGCAACUAUCCACCACAAUCAGUCACCGAAGGCACCGCCGACAAUAGCAGUAGCGCAACAGCAAUCGCUUCCACUACCGCAAAUAAGCCACCAAGCCGCGCUAGAGCCAAGACUGAUCAUGCAAAGUAUUCUAUUUUUAGAAGCUCCUCGUCCGAGGACGAACUGGACGGACCGUCGUCGGCUGCCCACCGGAGUGACAAGAUGUCAUCCGGUACCAACAUUCCCCGAAUCGCCAGCAAGGGUCCCAACGCGAAACUGUUCAAGGGCCCGAACGACGAUCUGCUACUAGCGGACUACGUCACGUGGAACGGUGCCAACCCGGACCUGGCGAAGGGAUCGCAGAAGCUGGCACUGGGCCCCGAUCGGUCGAUUCGUUUGGACCGCGGCACGUACAAAGCUCGUGGCCCGAAUGCGGAUCUGUGCAAGGGUCCGGCCGCCGGUUUGGCCAAGGGAAGCAUGUACGCGCAACUGAACUGUUCCCUGACGGACGUCAAGUGCAACUAGGGACGAUUCCGGCGUAGCCGCUCGGAAUCGCCACGGCUCACGAAACACUAUCUGUACUACCACUAAGAAUUACUCUUUCUUUUAUUGGGUUCUUCAACUGUUAAAAACAUUGUCGUUUGGUAGUUUGGCCGGUUUGACUUAGAUUUACUUCUUACACGAACCCGUCUUCUUCGGGACUUAAGAGUGCAAUGAUGUGUUUGAAUCGAAUAUACGAGAUGUCUUAAUCUUACGUACGUACUAA